GCCUGGGGCUGCGGGCGCCGCCGCCGGCCCGCUCCCUCCCGGUGCCGCGGGGGUCGUGGCGCCCCCACCUGCAGCGCGGCGGGCUCUCGCGUCCAGCCCUCUGGCGUUCCCGAAGGGUCCCCGCCCCGGAGAGAGGAGCGGUCCUCCCGAGACCGGCCCGGCCGGCCCGGCGGUGAGAUGAGCUUCUUCGGCUUCGGGCAGAGCGUGGAGGUGGAAAUCUUGCUCAGCGAUGCGGAGAGUAGGAAGCGGGCCGAGCACAAGACGGAGGACGGGAAGAAGGAGAAGUAUUUCCUCUUCUACGACGGGGAGACGGUCUCCGGGAAGGUGAGCCUUGCACUCAAGAACCCCAACAAGCGGCUGGAGCACCAGGGCAUCAAGAUCGAGUUCAUCGGGCAGAUCGAGCUCUACUAUGACCGUGGGAACCACCAUGAGUUUGUGUCCCUGGUGAAGGACCUGGCUCGGCCCGGAGAAAUUACUCAGUCACAGGCCUUCGACUUUGAAUUCACCCACGUGGAGAAGCCGUAUGAGUCCUACACGGGGCAGAACGUGAAGCUACGGUAUUUCCUUCGAGCCACCAUCAGUCGCCGCCUCAAUGACGUUGUCAAAGAGAUGGACAUUGUGGUUCACACACUCAGCACAUACCCAGAGCUGAACUCCUCCAUCAAGAUGGAAGUUGGGAUCGAGGACUGUCUGCACAUUGAGUUUGAGUACAAUAAAUCCAAAUACCACUUGAAAGAUGUCAUUGUAGGGAAGAUAUACUUCCUGCUGGUAAGAAUCAAAAUCAAGCAUAUGGAGAUAGACAUCAUCAAGCGGGAAACGACGGGCACAGGCCCCAACGUGUACCAUGAGAAUGACACGAUAGCCAAGUAUGAGAUCAUGGAUGGAGCACCCGUGAGAGGAGAGUCCAUCCCUAUCCGGCUCUUCCUGGCGGGCUAUGAGCUCACGCCCACCAUGCGAGACAUCAAUAAGAAGUUCUCCGUGCGCUAUUACCUCAACCUGGUGCUGAUCGACGAGGAGGAGCGGCGCUACUUCAAACAGCAGGAAGUGGUGUUGUGGCGGAAGGGUGACAUCGUGCGGAAGAGCAUGUCCCACCAGGCAGCCAUCGCCUCACAGCGCUUCGAGGGCACGGCCUCCCUGGGUGAGGUGCGGACCCCCGGCCAGCUGUCUGACAACAACAGUAGGCAGUAGGCCCCCAGGGCAGGCAGCGGCUGGGCUUCCACCCCAGCACCCCGUCUACCAGACACCAGCGGCUGGCGGGAGGGGGAGGAUGUUGUGAUGCUCAGCUGACCCGUUACUUGCAACCUGAAAACAAAUUGUUUUUGACUUAAAUUCUUUUUUCCGAAGAACCUAAGGGGCUUGGGUUGGGACGCAAGUAUCCUUGGGAUUCUGCAGCUGAUGUGAGGAUGGGGAGAGUCAGCAUCCUGGAAUCUAGUCUCUCUGGGAAAAAGAGCCUUGUGUUGAGGCCUUCCACGUGGGGCUGCCUCGCGUCUUAUAGGAGAGCAGAGAGCAGGCAUUCUUGGCUCCUGGCUCUCUGAGCUUCCUGAUAGAGGAUCUGAGCAUGUCCCAGGAUUCCGAGCUGCCAGCGGGGCCCUGGGUAGUCAUGUCUUGUCCUCCCCUCUAGUGUCCCUGAGGUAGUGGCCAAGGAGUUGGGCCUGGCCCAUCCUAAGUGGCAGGGGGAGACUCAAGACCAGGAAGCCACCUCUUUGGGAGUCUUGGAUGUGGUGCUUUGAAGUUUCCACAAGCCACCUCCAUUCUGGCCUUUCUGUCACUGGUGGGACUCAGGCAUUGCCCUUCUCCCUCUUUUACGGAUUCUGGUCAGUAAUGUCCUGGAACAGAAGCCUGUACAAGGGCCUUUGGCUGACUUUGCCCUCACCCGUGAGAAAUUUGGGCACAGAGACACUGGGGGUCAGUGUCACGCAUGGAUGGCAGCAGAGCUGAACACAGGCCGGGCCAAGCCCACUAAGGAAGAAGGAUGGUAACUGUGCCUGGUAGCUGUCUGCCUUCACCACGGGACUCCUUGCCAGCCUGAGGGCUGGGUGGUUUAGGGUAUUGCUCUGAGUGCCCAGCAUCCUAAACAAGGGCAUCUGUUUCCUUUAAGAAGAGAUCCCGGGAGGGGGCCUUGAUUGCUUUGCUUCCCUAAGAGUGGACCCUCAUCACUCCUUGCUUUCCACUGAAUUUCUGGGAAUUGGGGCUUGGUCUCAAACACUUGGAAGUUCUGUUCUUCCUAUUGCUCAAGCCUCUUCACUCCCUACCUGCGAGUUAAAGGAGGGAGAUGAGGGCCUCAGCAGAAGACUUUGCUGCACAACUUCAGAAUAAUUGUGCUUGCCAAAUUAUGUCUUCAUCUUCACCAUUGAGUUUAGGAUUGUUGGUAUUUUUGUUUAAAAACAUAUACAAAAACUCUCAUGGAUAUUCUUACUACGCUAGAGGAGAGGGGAGCUUCCCUCUGUUGUGCUGUGCUUGGGCCUAUUGUAGGAAAGGUGUUCACAUCCUUUUCUGCCUCAGUUGGAAAUGAUCAGGAAUUACUCUCCAAUUGGCCUCCCUUCCCUUCUAGAAAGACCAAGCAGACCCCACUGGCCAAUAAGUACAGUAUUUGCCAGUCUGACUGUAAUUUGGAAAGCAGAGGGGUUGGUUCCUGUGUCAUCUUUCAGUUAAUGUGGAAAAUGGGAACUCCCCUUUUCCUCAGAAAUCAGUGCAGUCGUGGGCCUUUGACUGAGCAGGGCUCAUGGAUCAGAAUUGAGACUGGAGGGAAAGGCAUUUGGGAUGACACUUGAGGUCGACUGGGGGACCUCAAGAUCCCCUCAAGAAACAAGGAAGAUAAGAUGGUUUCCCUCAUGCUGGACCCUGAGUUCCAGUGCGACAGACAAUCCCAUGGGGACAGCAUCGCCCAUCCAGCUGCCCCUGGAUUGUCACGGUUGGGGCUUACGUUUAUGGGGAAGCAAGGCUGUGUUCCCUGCCUUGGGAGCAUGAGACUAGGCUCUGGUAUGCCUCCCAUGAUAGCCGGUGUUCUAACUAGAAAGCAUCUGCCAAUUCCUCUGCCCCUUGAACUGACAACACAAAUUCAUUUUCCAACUUUCCUAAUAUCUUAAACCUUUCUUCUGGGAGAACUAGAAGAUAGAAUUUGCUUUUAUUCUCUCAGGAGCUGUGCACAAGCCAGGUCUUCUGUUUUCUCUUACUCUGCCCCAUUCUGUACUUCUCUGUCCAACUGGGGAAGUAAGGGGAGGCUCCUGGCCCCUCCUUUCAAGGUCCCCAUACCUGGGAGUGCAUAGGUACUAAACCAAGCAGUGCAACUUGUGAUUAAGCAGCUGCAGUGUUUACAUGUUUCUUAAUGUGUCGUCUUUUCAAUGGCUGUAUUUUAAAAAAAGAACACUUGUUCAGUUGUCUCUCUGAUUAAAGGAAGCCCCGGUGGCUUGGAGGCAUUGUGCCCAUGGUCCACCA